AUGAUCUCUCGCGCCGCUGCUGCCAGUUUCGACCUGCUCCUCUGCCUCCCUGAGGGGAUGAAGCGGACGCAGGUGAAGGCACAUUUGAACAGCUCUUCUGAAGACUGCGUGGAAGCUGAGUGGAAAUCAAAGAUAGAAAAGAACUCCUUCUUGUACAACGGCUCAAAAUUCAGAUUUGCAGGCACGCGUUGCUUCACAUUGAGUGGUGACGAGAGGAAUCAAGAAAGUCAUGUACUCCUGCAGUUCGGUAUAACGGACUAUAGAGCGCAUGUCGGAACAAAUCUUCGUGCUGAUUGGGAUGCAAACUCUGGAGAAUGCAUGGCAAAUACUCUGGGGAACGCUGCGAUUGUGGAGACUUGCGAUGGCCAGAUCGUACUCUUGCAAAGAAGCGGGAAUGUGGGUGAAUGUCACAAUGCUGUGGUACUACCAGGUGGUCACGCCGAGCCGGAGAGGAUAGGGAUCAAGAGCUUACAGGACUGGAAUGAAAUGAAUGAAAAAGGAACUGUGCCGACGGAGGACGAUGUUAGAUUUCCUAUUGUGUUGCUUCCUGGAGCUGAUGCAAGAACUACACAGGUUGUCAGCGAGUUGUGGAAUGCAAUCCUGGAAGAGGUAGAGGAGGAGACUGGCAUCUUGCCGUCCGAAGUGGAGGAGCCGAUCUUUUUAGGCUUUGCAAGGCGAGUUGUGAAUCAUCGUACGUGUAUGCUGUUCCUUGUCAAAACCCGACUCUCAUCUUCAGAGGUGACCCGUAGAGACGUUUGA